AUGGCAUCAAGCAUUUCCCACCUAGCCCUCUACCUGGCGCCUUUGGCUGCCAUCUUAUAUCUUGUCCAUCAGUACUUCUACAAAGGACUGAACAAGUAUCCCGGCCCCUUUCUGGCCAGGGUAACUCAUCUAUGGCGAUUCUGGGACGUCUACAAGCGCCGACCAGAUAUGACGCACAUCCGUCUGCAUAAGAAGUAUGGAGACAUCGUUCGACUUGGACCGAAUACACUUUCCUUUGCGGACCCAAGCGCAAUAAAGGUGAUCUACGGGUUGAACAAGGGCUUUGUGAAGUCGGAGUUCUACCCUGUGCAAAUGUCCAUCUCAAAAGGGGAACCGCUCCCUUCACUCUUUUCUGCAGUUAAUGAGCGUUUCCAUGCCAAAUUGCGUCGGGCUGUCAAUAAUGCAUUUGCCAUGAGUUCGCUCGUCCAGUACGAGCCGAUGGUGGACGAAACUACCAAGAUCUUCCUCGAUCAGACUGAACGGCUAUUCGCGCAAGAAGACAAAGUCUGUAACUUUUCCCAAUGGCUCCAGUUCUAUGCGUUUGAUGUUAUCGGAGCUGUUACGUACAGCAAGCGUCAUGGGUUCAUCGAGAGGAACAAAGAUGUAGAUGGCAUCGUGGCGCAACUGGCGAAGAUAUUUGAUUAUGCUGGCCCGAUCGGCCAAAUGCCCUGGCUGGAUAAAAUAUUCUGGAAAAAUCCCAUCUUCAGCUACCUCACCAAGCUGGGGCUAAUUGACAACUCCUUCGCUGUGUCAAUCUUUGCCAGGGCCCGAAUGAGCGAACGCCUCUGUUCAGGCCCAGACUCCAAAACCAAGCAACAGCCGCUCCAGAAAAGCAGACGCGGUGACCUCCUUUCCAUGUUUCUCGCUGCCCAAGAAAAGAACCCCGACUUCAUGAACGACAAGCGUGUCCUGACCAUGGCGACGUCGAUGGCAUUUGCCGGUUCCGAAACAACCGCCAUCAGUCUCGCAUCUGUCUUCUAUUUCACCCUCAAGCAUCCCCAAUGCCUGCAGAAGGUCCGAGAAGAGAUCGAUUCCGCCAUCCGGGACGGGCUGAUUGUCGAUCGCCCCUCGGGACUCGUCUCCUGGCCAGAAUCGCAGAAACUUCCCUAUCUAGACGCUUGUAUCAAGGAGGCAUUCAGACUGCAUCCGGCGGCAGGUCUGCCACUUGAACGUGUGACCCCGCCUCAAGGAAUAGAGAUCUGUGGAGAGAAAAUCCCCGGGGGGGUGACCGUAGGCUGCAAUGCGUGGGUGAUCCAUCGCCGUCCUGAGAUCUUCGGCGAGGAUGUAGAUGUCUAUCGCCCCGAACGGUGGUUACAUGCCAGCCCCGAGCAAUUGAAGAGUAUGAAUGCCACCAUGUUCCAAUUUGGUGCUGGUGCUAGGACGUGUAUUGGGAAGAACCUUAGCCUCAUGGAGAUCUAUAAACUGGUCCCCAGCUUUUUGAGGAGGUUUGAAAUCAGUUUGGCGAAUCCUGGAGAGGAGUGGAAAUUGCACAAUGCAUGGUUUGUAAAGCAGCUGAAUUUCGACACCAAGUUCAAGGUGAGGCUUUAA